UUAUUCGACGAAAUUGCCACUGCCAUUCCGCGUUAAGUUUUACUGAAAGUGUUCUGAAAAUAGUUGUUUUUACAUUAAUAUUACUGUAUUUUAUAGCAUUAGUAAAAUGGUUGCGCGAGUGGCGGGCGUGUUCGACGAGAAGCUGACGGGCGAGAUCGCAAAUUCAAAGAUUUUAGUAGUGGGCGCCGGUGGUAUAGGAUGCGAGAUUUUGAAGAAUCUCGUGCUGACCGGCUUUCCUUACAUUGAAAUUAUUGAUCUUGACACCAUCGACGUAAGCAAUUUGAAUAGGCAGUUUCUGUUUCACAAAGAACAUGUUGGUAAAUCAAAGGCACAAGUCGCGAAGGACAGCGCUCUGAGCUUCAACCCUAAUGUGAACAUCAUCGCACACCACGACAGCGUCAUCAGCAAUGACUAUGGCGUCAGCUACUUCAAGCAGUUCAACAUUGUGAUGAACGCUCUGGACAACCGUGUGGCCCGCAACCAUGUCAACCGCAUGUGUCUUGCUGCUAAUGUGCCACUGGUGGAGACAGGUACCGCUGGAUAUGCUGGACAGGUGGAACUCAUUAAAAAAGGUCUAACCCAGUGCUACGAGUGCCAGCCCAAAGCUCCCCAGAAGACCUUCCCAGGCUGCACCAUCCGGAACACUCCCUCGGAGCCCAUCCACUGCAUCGUGUGGGCCAAGCAUCUCUUCAAUCAGCUGUUCGGAGAAGAGGAUCCCGAUCAGGAUGUCAGCCCGGACACUGCAGACCCUGAAGCAGCAGGCGACGCGGGCUCGUCGGCGCUGACGUCGGAAGGCACGGCGGCCGGCAACGUGCAGCGCCGCAGCACCCGCGCCUGGGCCGCCGACACCGACUACGACCCGGAGAAACUCUUCUCCAAGCUCUUCGGGGAUGACAUCAGAUAUCUGCUGUCCAUGGAAAACCUUUGGAAGAAACGCAGGCCGCCCGUGCCGCUGUCGUGGGCCAGCCUGCCCGGCCAGGCCGCGGCGCCGGCGCAGCACUGCGGCCUGCCGGACCAGCGGGUGUGGUCGGUGCACGAGUGCGCGCAGGUGUUCGCGGCGAGCUGCACGGCGCUGCGGGCCGAGCUGGCCGCGCGGCCGGCCGGCGACCACCUGGUGUGGGACAAGGACGACAAGAGCGCCAUGGACUUCGUCACGGCCUGCGCCAACGUCCGGGCGCACAUCUUCAACAUACCCACCAAGAGCCGCUUCGAGAUCAAAUCGAUGGCCGGCAACAUAAUCCCGGCCAUAGCCACGGCCAACGCCAUCGUGGCCGGCCUGGCCGUGCUGCGCGCGCAGGCCGUGCUGGCCGGCCACGUCCACGCCUGCUCCAGCGUGUACCUGCGGCCCAAGGUCAACCACCGCGGACAGCUCUUCGUGCCCGAGAAAACACUAACCCCGCCCAACCCAAAAUGCUACGUGUGCGCCCCCAAGCCCGAGGUGGCGCUGGCCUGCAACCUCAAGCAGCUCACCCUCAAGGACCUCAGCGCGGCCUUCAGGGAGGGCCUCAACAUGCAGGCGCCCGACGCCACCGUGGAGGGCAAGGGGCUCGUCGUACUGUCUUCAGAACCGGGUGAAACCGACCAUAACAACGAUAAAACACUUGAGGAAAUCGGUUUGAGCGACGGCUGCGCGCUCCUAGUAGACGAUUUCUUACAAAAUUAUGAGGUUAGAGUCAGAUUACAACAAGAAGAUGAAGAGAAAGCUUGGCGCGUUGUCACACAAGCCGAUGAACCGAUGCCCGCGCCUAAGGAAGAGGAAAAAGAGCAAACAAACGGAUCAAACGGCUCUGAACCUAAGCCUGGUCCGUCCACGUCAAGAAAGGAUGACAGUGAUAGCGACAUGGAGAUUAUCGAGGAGGAUGAUGACGGGGAGCCAGCGGUGAAGGCGCCGAAACGCAGGCGCGUGGAGCUCAGCGAUGAGGUGGUGGAGCUGUGCUAGUGUGUGCUGGUGGAGCUGUGCUAGUGUGUGCUGGUGGAGCUGUGCUAGCGUGUGCUGGUGGAGCUGUGCUAGCGUGUGCUGGUGGAGCUGUGCUAGCGUGUGCUGGUGGAGCUGUGCUAGCGUGUGCUGGUGGAGCUGUGCUAGCGUGUGCUGGUGGAGCUGUGCUAGUGUGUGCUGGUGGAGCUGUGCUAGUGUGUGCUAGUGGAGCUGUGCUGGUGGAAUACGAUUUUAAAAUGUAUGACGCUUGGUUACUGAUCGCGGCGGGGCCGGUGCUUAAAAAAAGAAAGUAGGAUUUGGAAUUUCAAAUUACAUUAAAUAUAAACCCAUCCUGUGAAAUAAGUUUCCCAAAUUCCUACGCAACUAGAUGUAUUAGUAUGUAAAAGGAUAUUUUAAAGGUUUUACUUCUUGAUGUAACGUUUGUUGAAGAUUAAAUAUUUAAAAGAUUAGCACCAGAUUGUACCAGACUCAUAACGUCAGACACGUAAAUCUGGAAAACAAUACAUCUUUAGUAAUUCGUCAAACUUCAUAAUGUACAACUUAUAGUGUUAAUUUUUAGUAUUCUCUUAAAUAUAUGAUGAUUCGUAUUUGUAAGUGUAAGAACAAACAUAAUUUAAGAUCUGUAAGAUGUUUUUAAAAAUCUCUCAAAUAAAUUUGGAAAAUAUGA